GCGCGCAGUCAUUUUGAACAUAAACAAAGGGAUCGUUUACACUAGUUCUUUUCACAUCUUUCAUCUCAUCACAGCAUCUGAUACUAUACAUCAACAGUUUCACUCACCAAAGACAUGUCUGGAAAUACUCAGGUACCUGUAAAUCUUAACCAUUUCAUUGACAAGGAAAAUAGCACUAAAGACUAUACAAACAAGUCCAAAACAAAUGAAAAUAGUUCAGCACAUCUUCGUGGAAAACAGCCCAUAUCUCGGCCUCCUAUGGCUGGAAGAGUGCCCUUGCGUGGAAAGGAUGAGAAUAUGUCCAUUCCAUCCUUAUCCAGAUCACAGUCUUCAGUUGAUAAACUAGACACAAACACGAAUUCUUUAUCCACAAACACAUUUAAGAGAACUGCUCUUGCCAAUAAGCCAAGGUUUUUGAAGUCUAGUUCUUCUUUGGGCUUCACUCACAAUACAUCUUCUCGCCACAAAGUAGCACCAGGAAGCCGGUCUUUGUUGAAGCUGAAAACUCACGUGGAUCCAAAUGCAAAGUUGACCUAUAACAAUAAUACCAUUUUCAAUCCUGCUCUAGCCAACCGUGUACCAGAGUUGGAGCAGUACACCUUGGACACAGACUCAUUGAAAAAGCGAAUAAUUAAGUCGAAGUCUCCUUCGAAAAACUUGUCUGACACCAUCACAACCCAAACUGCUAAGUUGAGCUCGAGUAGCAUUCCUCGAAGACAGAUUAAUGACGUCGACCCUGUUAAGAAAGGCCCUCUCAUGACUGUCUCAAAUAAACUUGAUCAAUAUAUCCAAGAUCCUGAAAGAAUAAAAGUCUUUGAUGAGCUUGUAAAUGAUGAAAAUAGCGUUGAGACAAUCCCCCCCAAACCAAUAGUGGCAGAUCAACAUGAAAUUGAACUCGAUGAAGAAGAUUUGAUGUUUUUCCGGACGGGAAAGACCAAUCGAAUUCAGGCACCUGUGAGCAAAUUAAGGCUCGAGGAGAUCAAACUCGAAGAUACCACAUUUGACAUGGAAGAUGUAUCAAGAGAAUCUAGUGAUGAUGAAGUAAUUGGAUUAAACGAACAGGAAUUAAACGACUUAUUGGACUUUUGAAAUAUACCGUCAUGUAAGGUAUAUGAUCAUAAUGUUACUAGAUAUAUAUAUGUACUUAAAAUAUCAUUCACCUAUUUCAUAACACAUUCUUACUGUUGGGCACAUUCGGGUUGAGCAGAUCCUCCGCCAUUAUAUGGGUAAUCGUAUUCAUACUCAUAGUUUCCAUUGUACUCAUGCUUGUCUUCUUGAUCAUUACUAUAAGUAGGUAAGUUGUCGACAUUUGUUAGUUCGAAGUCAGUGAUCAACUCUAUAUUCUCUCGAGUUUUUGAAAUUUCAUCGAUAUCAUCGGAAUUUGAAAGGUCGUUAGGCAACACAUUCUUCAAUUUCAAAAGAUCGUUUCUCUCCAAAUACCAAUUAUCUUUAGGAAAUUCAAUAUCAACCUUGAUGUAAAGAUCUCCUUUUGAGGCUCUUGAAAACCAGCUAUCAGAGGACUUUAUUGGCAUUCCUUCACCUUUGAUUUUAAUGUAGUCUCCCGGUCUGAUCACCUUUCCUUUAGGCGUGGUGACCUUAAUAGCCCUUCCGUCAAGAUGUUUAACUACUAUCCUGGAAAAUCCACACAAUGCAUCAACCAAGGGGAUUUUCAUGUCACAAUACAAAUCAAUUUCUUUUCUCUCGAAAACUCGAUGUUCUUUGCACAGUAGAGUCAUUACCACAUCUCCAGUCUCUUUUCCAGGAUAUUCAUCACUUUCACCUUUUAAAGUAAUUGAUUCUCCGCCCAUGCUGCCUUUUAGAAUCUCAAAUUCAAGAAUCUUUACUUCCUCAAUUAGCAUGGUUCCCUUACACUUCUUACAGUAACUUUUGGUACUGAAGACCUUUCCUGAUCCUUUACAUGUAGUGCAGUCGACUGUUGUUUGUGUAACUAAACCAGGUCCCACUCUAGUAAUUUUGGUAGCUUUACCCUUACCUUCACAUUUGGCACACUGUUUAGCUACAGCAUUCUUUUUAGCACCAGUACCUUUACAAUGGGUGCAAAUAAUAUUUCUGGUGGAGGUGAUCUUGAUGAUUUUUCCUUUAUACAAGUCUUCCAAUGUUACAUCAACAUCAAUUUCUGCGUUUGGAGUUUUGUUCGGUUUUCCUUGCUGGCCUUUUCUAUUUCCGUUCAUAUUCAUGCCAUUGAAAAAGUUGGCGAAAUCGUUUGCUCCAAACUCAGCUGAUCCACCUUGACCGAAGAAAUUGUCAUAUGGAUUGCCAUGAAACUCUUGUUCUCCGGGGAAUGGAUUGGAAUCAUCAGUGGUUCCAUAUAUAUCGUAAUGAUUUCU